AUGAACAGCCAACCAAACGACUCGCCCUUCGGAGAUCUGCACGGCCACGUCGACGCAACCGACUGGCCGCCCUUCGACAUGGAUUCUGCAUUCUCAGCUAAUCCAGGCCUCACCAGUGGUCUGGGCGGAGAGAAUCCUGACGAUGCCACCACCGUUCGCGCCAGCAAUGUCGGAGCCGCGCAGGCGGCCUUCGCCAUGAAUCCAGACACAACACUUCAGCCUCCGUCCGCGAGCCUGCCUUGGUCAGGUGCAAUCGAUGCAGUCGAAGACAUGCCUGGACAAGGAGAACAGGAGAUUCCGGGUAUCGUGCCUACGGCAAGCUUUGCAGUGGAUACAUGGCAGCCAACUUACGGCCAUGUCCAACGUCCCGAAUAUCCCGGAGAUUUCGGCGAUCCGUGGUCACUGGCUGGAGGAGAUAUCACUGGUCGGAACCAGCAACAGGGUGCCAUUCCACGCCUGGAGAGAUCCAUGCACGCACCUAUUCCCAGCCCCCACGAGACUUGGACCUACAUUUGA